AUGAGGGAUGCCCGUGAAGAUGACGCCAUGGACCUGGAUCCGGUGGAAGAUGACCCUGUUGUUUGCGAGUUUGACGUAUUCGUAAACAAUACGGUACUCCAAGACCUGUUGGGUCGUAUUGCUGAGCCAGCCAAAACAAUUUCCGUGGCAAGCGAGUUGUGCAGCAAGCCCUUCGGCGAUUUGUUUCUGCUGCAGUACCCGCUGGAGUUGUCAACUUCCGAUUGCCCCAACGCUUCCAAGGAUGUGGACAUACAAAAUCGCAUUGCCCUAAGUUCCAACGCAACGGAUAUGCUGCCGUUGUCGACAUUGUCCAUCGGUAAGGAGUCGAAGCGCGAGGUGGUCGAUGAACGUACAUACGGAGUGGCAUCCAUUAUCAAGAAAACCAAACGAAGCAGUUGCCCCUACCUAAAGUUCGUCUAUGAUCUGGGUACAAAAUAUCCGGUGAACGUGAUGUCGCUAUCAGCUAAGAAGAGCUCUCGUGCUUCAAGCCCUUUUCUUCGAUACGAGCCCUCGGAUUUGACUAACACCAUCCACCUGUUCGACCUCUCCAAACCGGUUUCCGCCGACAAGAAGAAGACCUUGAAACUGAGGUCUGAAAUUGUGACUGGGGAUCACGUCUCUGAUUGCCUUGGCGUGCUCGUAGUGGAGGAGACCGAUAGCGGUUUGGUGCGGUCGCUGCAUAUUGUGCCGGUUCGCGGGGUGAUACAGCUGCGGCCAAAGGUUAAACCCUACAUGAGUGAGAUUGUAAAUUUCGACGACACUUUGAACAGCUUGUUUCAGAAUCGCAACCUGCAGUGGCGUGACGUGGGCAAGAUAAGCGAAAUGGAUUCGGCUGAAUCUCGUGAAAUCGUGCAGAUGUUGACACAGAGGUGCCGGACACUGCAACAACUUGCACGUAGGCCGAUAUACUUCCACGAAAAUCCGUCGAUGUACAUAAAUGCAGUCUGCUUUGCCCAGGAGUACGGCAAAUACCAGGAUGAAUGGCACCGCAGUCUGGAGUCAGAUGUGGAUGGCUACCAACACUCAACAAAUCCCGCAUUCAGUACAGACAAUGGUCAGAUAGCAUAUCGAUGCAUGCACGAAAACACGCCGAAUGUCCGUUUCAUGGGCACCUUGGAUGUGCGGACGCAGCUGAAGUUGCUGCUCACCCAGAGGUACAUAGACUCCUUUUACGCACUGAAGAAGGACAUUAUUGCGGGGCCUGAAGUAAGCGACGAUCAAUUGAUCGUAAUGCUGCAGGAGUUUGCGACCAACAUUGACGGCAACUGGAUUUUGUCGUCGGAGCAUGCGAUUCCCAAUUAUACCACAGAGGAUGAUUUUGACGAUGAAGAUCGCGCGUAUUUGAUAGUAUGUCGCGACGUGAUAUUGGGACUGUUUUAUCGCGAUGUUGUGAUGAGAGAUUUGUUGCAGAAGGGUGCGUACGGUCACGUGACCAUUGAGGCUGUGCACAGCCUCACUGGCCUCCCAGUGCGCAUGGUCCACGAGAUGAUAUCGCAGGUGGCAAUGCAACACGGUAAGCUCUGGACGCUUAAACUUAAGCGAGACAGUGAGUUUUAUAACAAGUACGGUGCCCUGAUGAAAACCUAUCAAGUCAACUGGAGCAACCGACUGCUGGAGAGCAUGAAGCAUGUGAAAACGCUGCGCGAGACCCAGAGCUCAAAAGUAUCGCAGAUUAUUUACCGAUACAUUCUAAAAGGCGCGAUAAUAAGCGCCUUAAAGAACCGCGUAUACUCUGCGGAGCAAAUUUCGCAGGAGCUCACUGCUCAGGGCUACUCCAUCGAUUCGGCGCCUGUGUUUGAGAGUUUGUUAAAGCAGGUGGCCAUACCAUUUUUACGCGGCGACAGGAAGAUGUGGGUGCUGAAGAAAAGCCACGUGUCGCUUAACUCGCUGAAAAUGGUCCUUUCAGGUCAAAACCACCCUGGCACCCGUCGGCUAACGUCUGACGAGGUGCGCCGGACGUUGCAGGACUCAGCGCUUCCGGGUUUUUUGAAGAGGCGCAUAUCCAUGAUGCCCUCGUCAUAA